AUGCGUUACUCUCCGCUCGCCUCUGCUGCCCUUUUGGCGGUGGUAACUGCUCCCGCGCUCGCUCACCCGGUCUCCAUUCGCGCGACCGAGGAUCCCUCCAUAGUUGAGCGUGAACUCCAAGAUGGACUGGUGGAGCGCGGCUACUAUGACGACCUCGUCUCUCGGGACCUGGAGGCACGCAAAAACUCUGACCGUGGGGCUAAGCAUCUCGCCGGGAUGAUAAAGAAGGAUGCGACGAAGCAGCGUCAGCGCCAGGGCCAGUCCACGGCGACUUCUAGCGGGUCAGCUCGUCAAUCUGGGUCUGGGCCUGCUUCGUCUCAUCCGCAGCAGAACCGCCAGAGGGAGUACGACGUCAACGGCGAGCUGUUCACUCGCACGCCCGAGGAUGCCUCCGUAGUUGAGCGUGAGCUCCGAGACGGGCUGGUGGAGCGCGGCUUCUACGAAGCCCUCCUCUCUCGGGGGCUUGAGGCGCGCACAAAUGCUGAACAUGGAGCGAAACAGCAGAUCCUCCAGGGGCCACCGGGGCCGGCGCGCACCCAAGCUCGGCGAAUCAUCAGGAAUCGUCAGCGGAACAAGGCUCAGGCUGCCAGCGGUCGUCAGCCUCAUCCACAGGCGAACGGUGGCUCGGGGGUCAAACGGCCGCACCUGGAAGCGGGAGCCCAUCACCGUCGCCGGGAGUAUGAAAAUGGCGAGCUGUUCGAGCGCGGCUUCGAGAUAGACGAGCUUGACUGA